GAACACAAGACAGAGAUACUUAACUUGGUACACUUUCUUCUUCUUCAAAUAAAUAUCUUUCUUCUCCGGCGAUAAUGGAAUCUUACGGAAACCCUAACAAGCAGUCUUCGUCUCUCUACCCUACCGUCGACAUGUCAAACCCCGAAGCUCCUCUCAACCCUAUCUCCUCCUCUUCCACAAGCAACCUCUAUCCUUCCCUCGACAUGAACGAUCUCGCCAACAAUCUCUUCCCCGAGCAACCGGAGUCGCAUUCCAUCCCCGUCUCGGCUCCUCCCGCCGCGACUGAGGAAGUGAUCCUGACAAUCUCCGGCGCGAUUCUCCACCUCAUCGACCAGUCCUACAGCGUCGAGCUCGCUUGCGGCGAUCUCGCCAUCAUCCGCAUCGUUCAAGACGGAAACGUCGUCGCCGUUCUCGCUCGUGUCGCCGACGAGAUUCAAUGGCCGUUGACUAAGGACGAAAACUCCGUCAAGGUCGAUGAGUCUCACUACUUCUUCACCCUCCGUCCCUCUAAAGACUUCGGAUCUGAUUCAAGCGACGAAGACGAGGAUAAUGCCGAUAUGCUGAACUACGGACUCACGGUUGCUUCCAAAGGCCAAGAGCAUUUGCUGGAAGAGCUCGAGAGGAUCUUGGAUCAUUACAGCUGUUUCACGGUUCAGAAAGUGUCGGAGGAAGCGAAGGAAACAGGGGAGGAGGUUUUGGACGUGACGGUGGCGAGGGAGACAUCUCCGGUGGAGCUUACUGGGGAGAGGAAAGAGAUUGUGGAGAAGCAGUGCGCUGCGUAUUGGACGACUCUAGCUCCGAACGUGGAGGAUUAUAGUGGGAAGACGGCGAAGCUGAUAGCUAGUGGCUCGGGGCAUCUGAUCAAAGGGAUUCUGUGGUGUGGAGAUGUGACUACGGAUCGGCUCAACUGGGGGAAUGAUUUCAUGAAACGGAGGUUGAGUAAGGCUGAGAAGGAGAGGGAUGUUCAUCCUGAUACCUUGAAAAGGAUCAAGAGGUUUUCGGGGUUCUUAAAAUUUUGGGUAUCCGGGUCGGGUUUGGAUACCAUGUAUAUUUACGAAUCUUCUGGUUCAGUUCAGAUCUUGGGUUUAAUUACAAAUGCCCAGUCCAGAGUGAAGAAGAUGACCAAGAUGACAGAGAGUGUGGCAAACGGUGUUCUGUCUGGAGUCAUUAAAGUUUCAGGCUUCUUCACAAGUUCAGUGGCAAACACCAAAGUAGGAAAGAAGUUCUUUAGCCUUCUCCCUGGAGAAAUCGUCCUUGCAACUCUUGACGGAUUUAAUAAGGUCUGUGACGCUGUUGAAGUAGCUGGAAGGAAUGUAAUGGCAACCUCGUCUACUGUUGCAACCGAACUUGUUGAUCACAGGCAUGGUGGUAAAGCGGCAGAGGCGACAAACGAAGGGCUAGAGGCAGUGGGACAUGCUUUUGGGACAGCCUGGGCUGCUUUCAAGAUCAGAAAGGCUAUUAACCCUAAGAGCGUUCUCAAACCUUCGUCUCUUGCGAAAUCAGCCAUUAAAUCUGCAGCUUCACAAAAGAAAGCCUAGUAAAGGGCUCCUUGUUGAAGCACAAACAUGCCAUUUGAUGCGUGUUUGUAUUGUAUUGUCUCUCGUCUUUGGUUCGCAAGUAAAACGGAAAAGAGGUUUGGUCCGUUUGGAUUAGUUGUUGUGAAUUGUUUCUCUGACUGAGAAUCAUGUGAUGUAAUGAUUAUGCGAAGUAUUGUGCUAGUACUGGGAGCUCUUAAAAUUAUCAUCCGAGGCUAUUGAGCCCAUAAUGUCAGUUAUAGUUUUUGCUAUAUGUCAAAGCUUCCAUGCUUAAUCUCGUGACAACAUUUGUAACUGAUUCUACUUGUUUAUAUUAGUCUCAUUUGGAUUUGUUCA